AUGGUUCUGCUGUUUAAUGAUUAUACAGCCACCUACCAUGUGCAGUCUGCAUCCCGUACUGUGCAAUCUACGCAAUCUGAACCUGUCCAUUCUCAAACUUCAGUUAGAAAACCUCAGGCUAGAAUGAAAAGUCGGCUUAAAAAACAGAGAAUGGAGACUGGUGGAAGCAGUAAAGAAACUGAACUCCAGAUUUAUCUAAGUGAAAAAUUAGUGGAAGAUGAAGAAAAUGUGGACUUUGAUGUCCUAAGAUGGUGGAAGGUUAACAGUGAUAGAUUUCCUAUACUCUCUAGAAUGGCAAGGGAUGUGCUGGUUGUUCUCAUUUCAACUGUUGCCUCUGAGAGUGCAUUCAGUACUAGUGAAUUGUCCACUGGAGCUGCUGGUUCUUCACUAAGUACUGUUGGAACACUCUCAACAAUUGCUGAAGAUGAGGAAUGGAUGAAUGCUGAUUGCUGA